AUGCUUAGUCGUGCCGUACUGCCUCUGACGAGGCCGAACGUCCUCACCUCGACCGUUCGAGCUUCAACUAUUUCCGUCGCCCACUCGCGCUGGUAUGCGAAGUCCACCAAGCCCAAGACUCCCUACAAGCUUCCUCAGUCCGUCAAGUCUGCCAAUUCAGAACAGUCGCCCAAGGCUCCCUCUCAGAACGACUACUCCGCGGAGCAGGCCGAAUUCGAUACCAAGGCUGCGCCGGCCACCGAAGCCUCUGAGACCGGUUCUACAGCUCCCCAAAACUAUGCUCCUCAAAAACCCCUGCCCGAUCUCACCCAGGGCAUUCCCUCCACCCUUGCCGCAGAAUUGGAAGCCGCCUCGAAGAACCGCGGAUCAAGCAAGCUAAACCUCACAGAGGACCCGUCGCGUGCGGAAGAUUACGAUGAUGGUGGCCGUGAUAUUCCCAAUUACGAAUCCUCCCUCGAUCGCAAGCGCGCCCGUAUGGCCAACCUGAUGUAUGUCCUGUUCCUGCUGGCAGGUGCUGGUGGUGUGGCCUAUCUGGGCCGCAACUGGGAGACCGAGGAGGAAGCGAAGGCCCACCCCGACGUGCCAUCGGGCUGGGGCUUCGGACUGAUGUACAAUCGUGCCAAGGCCCGCUUGGGCGAUAUCACCAGCUACUACAAGGACCCUGCUUUCCCCAAGCUGCUGCCCGAUGAGGACCCCAACAUGCGUCAGCCUUACACCCUUGUGCUGAGUCUGGAGGAUCUCCUGGUGCACAGCGAGUGGAGCCGUGAGCAUGGAUGGCGUGUGGCCAAGCGUCCGGGUGUCGACUACUUCCUCCGCUACCUCAACCAGUACUACGAACUCGUCCUCUUCACCAGUGUGCCCAGCAUGAUGGCCGAUCAGGUGCUCCGGAAGCUUGACCCCUACCGCAUCAUCCGCUGGCCCUUGUUCCGUGAAGCCACCAAGUACAAGGAUGGAGAGUACAUCAAGGACCUGUCCUACCUCAACCGUGAUCUGUCCAAGGUGAUUUUGAUUGACACCAAGGAGGAGCACGCCCGCCUGCAGCCCGAAAACGCCGUCAUUCUUGAGAAGUGGCUCGGCGACUCCAAGGACAAGACCCUCGUCGGCAUGAUUCCCUUCCUCGAAUACAUUGCCGGUAUGGGCGUCGAAGACGUGCGUCCCGUCAUCAAGUCCUUCGAGGGCACCCAGAUCCCCGUGGAAUUCGCCAAGCGUGAGAAGGCCAUGCGUGAGCGCUUUGAGAAGGAGCUGGCUGAGGAGCAGAAGAAGCGCCCCCGCAGUGGUCUGGGCAGCUUCGCCUCUGCCCUGGGCCUGAAGUCCACCCGCACCCUGGACGGCGAGCAGAGCCCCUCGGAGGGCUUGGCCCAGGGUAAGAUGCUGUGGGACCAGAUCCGCGAGCGUGGCCAGAAGAACUACGAGAUGAUUGAGAAGGAGAUCCGUGAGAACGGCGAGAAGUGGCUGGCCGAGAUGGCCGCGGAGGAGGAGAAGGCCCGUCAGGAGCAAAUGGCCAUGAUGAAGGGCUCUUUCACCGGCAUGUUCGGUGCUGGUCCUAAGCAGUAA